AUGUAUAUAUUCAUACAUGCUCGCACACGCACGAAGAGUCUAUCCAAAGCUGCUUCGCCUGUCGUCAGGUCUCACCUUGAAGAUUCUGAUUUUGCAACUCCUGCUGCUGAACCCAUUCUGCCCAUUAACGCUCCCUUUAUGGUCCGGCUGGCCAAGGUUAUUGAGACCAGAACUACGGCCUUCCUCGUGUUAGAACACAAUCCUGGCGGCCUACUUCACGAAUGGCUAGCUGACUACCUAGUC